AUGAGCUGUAGAUGUGCAAACUUAGCACAAACACUCAUUUUCCAUGGCUUAUUCCCUACUGCACCCUCACAGCCCCAAAUGGCUAUAUCCGUCGAGCUGCUCGCCUGCCAUCGCUCUCUUUUUCAGUGCUCAUGUGAUGCUGUCAAUGCACUUGCAUCUGCACUUCACAUGCACUACACCCGAUGA